AUGCCUCUCUCCCAACUAGAACUCGAAGAGGAGAGUCUCCUCGGAGAACACGCAGAGGGCGGCUACAAGCGCCGCUCCCAACCGCCAGCUCCCAGAUGGAGGAAUAUGCUCACAUUUGUGCUGACGGCCAUGGUCUCUGGCCUCAUUUUCUACCUCAUCAUCUUUUCCUUCAUCCUCUCUCGCCCUGGAUUGCGAGAGAAGAGCAAAGAAUAUCUGUUUGGAACUUCAAAGGGCAACGACGCCGCCAACGCAACAGAAGCGCUCGCAAAUGGACCCGUCGACGCAGACUUUUGGAAUCACUACAUUCCGAAACCAGGUCCAGACCACAAGACGGAAGAUGGUCUCUUCGACAUGUCUGCAGACGAGCUUAGAGCCAUGCUUGCCAGCACCAAUGGCUACUUUGCCCGCGACUGGAGCGUCUGGCUCGGGUGGAACAAUAUGCGGUAUAUCCUCGAGGGCGCGCUCAUGCAGGCCCAGCUACUCAAUAGGACCCUUAUUAUCCCGUCCUUUGUCUAUGCACGCGCAUGCGAGUUCCCCAACGAUGUGUGUGCAAAGUAUGCAAAAAUGGUCAACAAGAACGACGCAUUCUACUCGACCGAAUGGUCAUCCUGGCCGAUUGAAAAGCAAAUGUCGUUUGUGAUCCCCAUGGAAAUGAUGAUUGACGUCCCGCAUCUACGCAAGACGCACAAGUUUAUGAUGCUUAGCGAAUAUUUCCAUCUCCAGGGUCUCAACGCAAGCCACGAGACGACCAAUGGACAAUGGGAUCGCGAUUACUACACUUCUGGUUCUAACAAACCGUCCAUGUUUAUCGUUCCGAACCACAUCUACGACCCCGAGAAUAUCGGGCGAGUGGACACAUUUGACUUUCCCAACGCGCCCACUGGUCAAAACCUCACUGGUUUGGCUGUCGAAUACGACAGGCGUCUCUCGGAAAAGGCGGAAGGAAAGAAGACGGGCAUUAUUAGCUGGAAAGACGCUAGGGAUGCCAUUUCGUCUAUCGGCGUUUUGCAAGACGAUGCUGGUCUGGAAGCUGCACUGCGUUCGGCAAAUUGGCUCACGAUGCAUACAUUCGAGGGCGACAUGGGUAUGGACUUUACCAAGACGGUCAUCAAGCCCAUUCGUCAGGUGAUGCGCAUGUCCGACGCCCGUGCGUGGGUCGAAGACUACAAGAGCGUGACCCAGGACAUUCUCUGGCUCCAAGGCGAGGUCCACCUCGGUCGCAAAGCUGGAUUGAUGCGCUUUACGACGGAGGAGGCGCGGGAUGCGUUUGCGCGUAUUGUCCUUCACGACAUUUUGCCUCCAAAGCGCGUGCGCGACCUUGCGGCUACGGUCGACAAGCGGUUGAAUAAUAUCAACAAGGGUCGUGCAUGGAUGGCGUCGCAUAUGCGUCGUGGUGAUUUCGUUACCGCUGGUUGGACGAUGGAAUCGACCAUUGAGAAGCAUUAUGAGCGUAUCCAGAAGCGACUUGCUCUUGGACGCAAGAUUCUCGAAGAGCUUACGCCAGCGAAAUGGGAAACGUAUAACAUUCCAGACGUGACUGUGAACCAAGAACUCUCGCAUCGUCCACCACCAAAGGAGGGAGACUUUAUCUACCUCGCGACGGAUGAGCGAAGCCCCGAUGGUCUGAGGUACCUACAAGAGCAUGGUGCACUCCUCUUCGACAAUGUUGUCACUGCACAAGAUCGUCGCGACUUUGGUUGGGGUCUCCUCUUUACUGACAUUAUCGCCUUGGUCGAGCAGCAGAUCAUUGGCCACGGCUCGAGUUACUUCUACGCCCAUGCGAUGAGCUCCGUCGCCGGCGGCAUGGUCAACAUCCGUGCAGCCAAUGGCGUGGACAGACGGUCAAAUAUGAUUGACUAG